AUGUUUAACGGCGAAUGUAUAUUAAUAAAAGACAUAAAGCCUGGCUUAAAAAAUAUACAUGUUAUAUUUAUUGUAUUAGAAAUUGGGACGGCAACAAUAACAAAAGAAAACCGAGAAGUUAGGAAUUUCAAAGUUGGUGAUCCUAGCGCCUGCAUAAAUGUCUCCAUAUGGGAUGAACCCGGAAAACUUAUACAGCCGGGUGAUAUUAUUAAGUUGACUAAAGGUUAUGCAUCCAUAUGGCGUAAUUGUUUGACAUUAUAUUCUGGCAAGAAUGGGGAGGUGUUUAAAAUUGGUGAAUUUGGCAUGAUUUUCAAUGAACAAUUAAAUAUGAGUGAACCAAAACGACCAGAGCAACCACCUGCAACCCAAGGAAUUGCUAUGGUGGGCACCAAUCCACCUGGAGUACUACCUGCGACAACAGUUCAACCUAUUUCAGCUACAACUGUACAGCAGGUGGUCGCUAGUACUAGUGGUGUUGUCAAUAUGCCAACACCGCAGAUAGGAGUACAGAGCACAACGCAACCGCCCGUCAAAACUAAUAGGGGCGGACGUGCAAACGCAACGAGAUCCAGUAAUCUUAAAGGAGAACGUAGAUAAAUAUUUCCAUUUUCAUUAUAAUUAUUAUUGUGACAAUUUCAUUUUUAGAAUAAAUUAAACUUUAUAUC